GUACAGUAGUCGCAGGCGACGCGGGUAGAUCGGUGGAGAUCGGGGCACAGACGUAUAUAGUUAGUUCCGUGGCUGCAGCAGGCCGUUUGCUGGACCGAUCUCGCAGGAAUCAUAGCCACUUGAGAAGAGAAUAAAAGUAUAAUCGGAGUCGAGGAAGCUAGCUACCCGAAGACGGGUGUGAGGAACAUAGCGUCGAAUAAAAAUUUUGAAGUUAUAAUUAAUUAAAGCGUAAACUCGGAUAAUCAACCUUGAAUCCCCCGGCGCGUGAAAGAGCUCGUCACGUACGAUGCAGCAGGCCGUAGCCCUGGCAGCCGUGGCUGUCCUGGCCUCGGCGCUGCUCUGCUCCUUCGGGGGCCGGGUCGACGCCAAAAAGACCCGCCCACCAACCGGCGACAUAUCUCUGUGGAUCGAUCAGCAACAGGUGAAAAUGUUUAGCGGAUUAGAAAUUGAGAUAUACGCGAUAAUGGACGGUACGGUGUUGUCCUACCUCCUGGACCCGGAGUUUGAGACGAAACUACCGACGAUACCGAGCGAAGUGUCCUGCGUGAAUUUCACGUGGAAGUCUGGCGUUAAGAGGUACUAUUAUAAUUUUGAUCUACUCAAAUCGGCCAACGAGUCUAUCCUCAAGACACCCUCGAUCACGAUCAAGCAACGAGGGAGGGUGCCAAGGAGACCGAAAGAAUUCAGCGUUCUUCUGCCAUGUUCAGGGAAUAGUUCGGGCGUUGUUCAAUUCAAGAUUGGGCUGGUCAUCCAAACGCGGAAGGGUGUUCCCCUGAAAGGAACCCCCCUUCGCCUGAGCUUGCAAAAGGAAUGCGCCCUACGCGAACCCAAUCCUGGGCCAUGUCCAGAUGGUUACCUGGGACCACCGCAUUGUAAGAAGGCGCUGUGCUAUCCCAACUGUAUGAAUGGUGGAAACUGCACUGCACCUGGAGUUUGUUCCUGUCCACCAGGUUUUCAAGGACCUUAUUGUGAAGGAGGUAUUUGCACAGAGAAAUGCUUAAAUGGAGGUAAAUGUGUGCAAAAGGAUACCUGUGAGUGCCCCAGGGGAUACUUUGGUCUUCGUUGUGAAUUUUCAAAAUGCGUGAUUCCUUGUGUAAACGGUGGAAAAUGUAAGGGAAACAAUAUGUGCCGUUGUCCGGCCGGAUUCAAGGGUAAUCAUUGCGAGAUUGGGAGAAGAUCACCGCAGAGGUCGGCGUGUACGAGACCUUGUCGUAAUGGUUCGUGCCAGCCAGACAACACAUGUCAGUGUGAACCUGGGUGGUUUGGGAAAUUAUGUAACAAGAAUAAGCCAUGGGCUUGAAAAAAAGAUGUUGCCGGCACCAGACAAUCUUGCAAUAUAUACCCUGCUACUCCUCCUGCCCUCCCCCCCGCCCCUUCAGAGAUGUGAUAUGUAAAAUUGUUUUACACCAAUUUUAUGAUAAUAAAACGAUUGUUGUUGUUUUUAUUAUUAUUAUUAUUAUUAUUAUUAUUAAUAUUAUUAUCGUUUGUUAUAAGAUAUAUUAUUGUAGCGAUUGUAUAAAGCAAAUAAUAAAGGUUCUUUUUUUCCUUUUA